UCGUAAAUAAGUUUUUUUUUUUUUUACGAAUAUUAAGUUUUUGUUGUUAAGUGUCUGUUAAGUCUGGUUUAUAUUAAAUCAAUGAUAUAAAAACGGGUUCUUUAUGGUGUCGUGUUAGUGAUAUAUUGAUUUUGAAGAUUUAAUUAUUUUUAUAAUUAUUGUGAAUGACUUUGAUGUCAGAGUGAAAUAGCGAUUAGUUAUUUUGGCGGCUUUUUUUUUCUUGGCAACAUUUACGCAUUUCAGUCUACAAUUGGAUUUGGAUUGUUUAAGAAUGUGUUCAACUACACCCAGCGGCGGUCACCGUCGCUAGUGUUAAAAUGCGUUCGUUAUUAGCGUAUUACGCUGACGCAGUGAUGUCUGCGGCGGCUCGCGGAGCGGGCUGUGCGCUUGGAUGCAGCGGUCGCGGGGACUGCAUGAACGGUACCUGUCUCUGUGAGAUACGGUACUCGGGAGACGAGUGCGCGGGGCCAAACCUGCCCUAUCAUGCUUGCAUCGGGGGCGUGUUCCUACUGGUUGCGUUCGUCUGCGCAGUCCAGCUCACGAUAUGUGUCGUCACCGAGUACAGGCGACUGAAGGCGCCCACUUUCCUGAGGGCCUGCAAAGUUACGACUCAGAAGAUGUUGUAUCUGGUGGCAUUCCUCGCGUCUCUGAUCCGCGGCGCGUAUUUUGUGUCUCCGUCUGCAUUCCAAGAGGGUUGGGCGACUAGUCUACUAUCAGCUUACUACCCUCUGAUGAUGUCUGGAUCGUCACUCAUCGUCUGCUUCUGGGCAGAGGUAUUCCAUCUCCGCGACAUCCGCUGGGAGAGGCCGAGAUUCAUCUCGAAGUCGUUCCUAGCCUUCGUGACGUUCAACGUUAUCAGCUACUCGUUGCUGGCGGCCGAGGUGCUGACAACUAACAUUGCUGAUACUUCUGCUGAAAAGAAGAGUUUUUAUCAGCAUGUGUUCAACGGCUGCUACGCGGUGCUUCUGUUCAUAGUGGUCAUAUUCUUUCUCAUUUACGGAGUUGAAGUAUACUUUAAGCUUCGAGGAGAAUUUCUCAGGGAGACGAAGGUCUGCACGAUAAUAUCACCACGACCCGGUCCGUCCACGGCCGCCGAGGGUGACGAUGUGCAGGACACGCUCGUCACUAAACAGGGUAUUCAAACAGAUCUGGCCGAUUCGGAUGGCUCCGUGGAUCCAAGAUCAGUGAAUCACUCGCAGUUGCACCAGUCACGCGUCGGCCUGGUCAGCCAGGCGCUGAUGCUCAUCCUAAUCGCUGGUUUCCUGGCUUCGGAGACUUUGAGCGAAUUCUGGAAGACCAAAGUGCCAGUCGUAUCCCGGAACUGGCACGACGUGGUGUUCCGCCUGGCCGAGAUCGGUGUCGCGCUAUGGUUCCCCUGCGUGCUGUGGAACUGCAUGGCGCCCGAGCGGCUCUGGUUGCUAAACCCGCGACGGUUGCUCGCGCGGCAGCUCGACGAGGCUCGACUAUCGGACCUUCUCGCGCACAAGCUACCCACGGAUAGCAAGAAUGUGGAAACUGAUUCGCUCGUGGGCAGCGUCGGCUCGAGCCGCGACUGCUGGAUCUGCUACGACAGCGCGAGACCGGAGCCGCUCAUCACGCCGUGUCGCUGCACCGGCGACGUGGCCGCCGUGCACCACGACUGCUUGAGGAGGUGGCUCGUGGAGAGCGCUGCGAGCCCUGAUGGAUUAAAAUGCAAAGUUUGCAACACUCCAUAUAUCGUGCAGGAAACGAACAGGGUGGAGUGGCAGCGCGGCUUCACGUGCGGCGCGUGGCUGCGCACGGGGCUGAGCGUGGCGUGCGUGUGCGGCGCGGCGGGCGGCGCGUGGGUGCUGGUGCAGCUGUUCCCGUCGCCCGUGCCGCGCGUGCUGGCCGCCGGCGCCGCGCUGCUCGUGUGCUACGUCGCCGUGAGGUUCCUGGGCAUGAACACGGUGACGGCGUAUCAGCGAGCGAAGGUAUCCUCGCUGAAGAUUCUCACCGAUCCGGUCGACCUGAUGUCGGAACAGAGCCAGCUGUCCACCAUCAGCAGGACGGUCACCGUCGAAAUAGCAUCGAAGGCGAUUCUCGAUCAGGCCUUGAAGGGCGAUGUGAAGUAGUUCCACGGAAUCGACGCUGCGGAGGUUAAAAAGUGAUCUUGAACUGUCCCUUGUGUGACGUUGUCAAUACAUCGAACGAACUAUAAGUACAGUGAAAAUUAAAGUGAAUUCUGUUUGAAACGAUGAAAUUUAAGUAAAUGACGCGUUGCAUAUUCAUAGAGAACUCAAAACUUUCAAUAUUCAUAUUCUAACGAUUACAGUUACAUGUGAUUGUCGAAAAGCGUCGUAAGAACAGUUACCGGCCAUUAGCGAUGUGUACCGUUGGAGUAAUAAGUGUUGUGAUGUGUUUGUAUCAAGUACAAAGGAUGGCGUCAAUUGUUGUUAAAUAGACGCAUCUGAGGAUAGUAUAUUUUUUAUAGAUUACGUCCCAGUAAUAUAUCGAAUAGAUAUAGACUGUUCUGGAACGAAAUAUUUGUUGCCAAAAUUCAAUAGACUUCGUAUUUAAUGUAAUUUACAUUGUAUAUCCCAACGGCAGGAGUAGUAGAGUUAAUCAAACCUUAGAUAUGAAUUACAAACAGUUCUUGAUAAAUAUAUACUUAUUUAUAUUUAAAACAUAUUUCCAUUUUAAUUUUUACUUCCACAAUCUCGAUAACAACUUCUCCAACAUUCAAAAUCCAGCUUUUCACGAAUCUACAAUGAAUACGGCAUUGUUUAGAUCUCAAACAAUGAUGUCAAGUGAACUUCAAAGUUUAUCGAUCUUUACUGCUCCUGCCAUUGAAAUCGACUAUAUCGAACUGUGCGUUCUUGAUACUUGUACAAUUGUACGUUAUUUUGUCAAAUCUGAGCUAUUUUUUUUGUUGAUUGUAUAUAUCUAUCCGUUAUAAUGCAAAUGAUUAAUUUAAUUAAAAGUUACAGUAAUACUAAAAAUGGAAUAUAUAAAAGUUCAUAGAUUUUGUACUAUUAAAAUACAUCCUACGUUGAAGUGCCAGUUAAAAAGUCUCGAAGACAUUUUAAAAUGUUUGAAAAAAGCCAUUUUAAGCAGAGCAAGCUUUUUUUUAUAGUAGCAACAUUUAAAACACAGUAAUUAUUUCUCUUUUAUAAAUGUUUAGUUUGAUAUAGUUUCAUGAUUUCUCUCUUAUCUACGCUCAGAUUAAAGUAUUGAAUUUUAAACAGCGAACGGAUUUAAUAACUAUUAAAUGUAAACGUAAUGCUGUAUCCAAGUAUUCAUUGAUUUAUUCCAAGUGUCGUCGUCCUGCAUUCAAAACGACGUAAAUGCAUUUUUUUACAUUAUACCAAAACUGUCGCGAAGUUUGCUCCUUAAUCAAAAUUGCCGUCAUUGACUUUUCCCAAAGUUCUCAUAGCUAUAUAUCAGGUUUCAGUAUAAGUAGAUUCGAUUCACAGCUUCACGCGCUUGAAAUUUAUACUAUUGACUUGAUAAGCGGGAAUUUUGUAUAUCGUCAACAAUAUAACCUUAAACGACGUUCAAAUAAUUUCUAUCAAUGGCGUAAUAGUACGAAGUUAUAGGUACGAUCCUGUCCCCAUUGGGCCAUUGUCGUCCCCACUCCUAGCACAAGCUUAGUUGGAGGGGAUAGGAAUAUUAGAAAUUCCUUAAAAAUGGGCUAAUUUUUUUGCUGUUUUAAUUGCAGGACGACGAUGUAAUUUUUUGUUAUAAAGACAUUCUUCCUUGUGAUAUAUAUUAUAUGAUUAAAUAUUGAUAAAUUUUUCGUAAUAAACACCAUAUCAUAAAGCGCUUUACACUAAACAUUUCAAUAUAUAUUCCUAUGAAAUAAAUGGGAACGAAUGGCAAUAAUCAGUCUGUCUGAAUACUUAGAGUUUAUUUAAAACAUAUCCGCUAUUAAAUGUAUAUUUAUUAAGGUGAUGUCAGACUUGAUAAGAAUUUUGUCUCUGAGCCGAUCGUGUACAUUUUAUUCAUUAUGUACAUAAGUCAUCCGCAACACCUCCAAUGAGAUGGUACAAUAAUAUUGAUAAGGAUUAUCGUAUCGUAUCAAAUAUACAAAUAGUUGUCUUUAUCGACUAUCCGUUAUUGAGUAAAUUUAAGUUUUUACCAUAGAUAGAAUUGACUGAGCUUUCUCUAUCCCGUAAAUGAAUAUAAUAACUGUGUGAGGAAGGUAACAUGAUCGUGACUAUUUGUCAAUUCAAUUUUAUGAGUCUAUUCUUGUCUAUGGCUAAAAUAAAUUUUUAUACCUAAUCACAUCACAUAAAUUCUAGUUAGACUUAUUCUAAAGAUUCCAUGUUUUUUUUUCUAUAAUUAUGAAUAUUAAAAAAUAAUUUUAAAAGAGGCUCGUAAUUAUAUUUAUACAAAUUAGAUUUACAUUACUCUUAAUGAAACAUUUAUUUUAAAUACUUAAUAUAAUAAAAUUAUUUGAUUUUUAAAUUAAUAAACUUUAAAAAUAAUUUGCAAAUAAGACAAUGGGAUAUUUGUGCCACAAACAUCAGUGCCAAUUAGCUGAAAUGGUAUUAUAAGGUUCAAAACAAACCGUGUACAGUAUGAGAGCAUUUAAUAAAGUCAAUUUAAAUACAAAGUUAAAAUAAAUUAAGAAUAUUUAUAAAAUUGUCUGAAUAAUCUGUGCCCUAUUGACACAACCUAAAGCCAGCAAAGAAUUAAGUCUUUUGUUAAUAGUAAUUCAUAUAACAUUAAAAAAAACUAACGAGGCACUGAACUUUAAAUAUAAUUACACAAAUAUACCCUUUUUGGUGCAAAUUAUAAUUAAUUCCAUUUAAAAAAAGGUUUGCAUUUUUUGAGUUAUGUAAUCUUUUGUCAUAACGUAAUAAUACUGUAAAUCGUAAUUAAAAAUAAUGAUUAAUUUAUUAAUAAUUAAAAGUAAUAGAUUCAUUUGGAAUAUUAUUUAUUAAAAUGUUAGCGAACUGUUGUUUUGGCGCCAUUUUUUUUUCGGAUAUUCUAGAUAUUCUAUAAUCUGUGCAGUGACGUAUGUACAGUAAACUCUCGGUUAUCUGUGGAAUUAGAUUGCGCGGGAAACGCGUGUAAUUUAAAACAAACGAAAAUUAAGACCAUUUUUUAGCAAUAACAAUAAAUUAGCUUAAAUACAAAGUUAUUUUUAAUUUUAAACAAGAAAAACGUCUUGGUAUCCAUUACUAUUAAAAUAAAAGCGAAAUAUAGUGUUUAUAAUAUGUAUAUCGUAAAAAAAUCCGCAAAAAUAAUGUGAAUUAUUCUUCCAUGGAGAUUCGAGAGCUUGCUAAUGUUUUAUAGAAAAAAUCACAAAAUGCAAUUGUCAAAACAUUGUUGUAAAAACAUUAUGUAAUAGGAAUACGUAGAUAUGUAUUAAUAAUAUUGGUAUAUAAAUAUCGUAAGUUGCAAUAAACAUGUAGUUUAAAUUUUUUCGAUCUCUAUUCUUUUAAAUAUGGAAAUAAUGUAUGUAUAAUAUAAGGAUUUCCAGUAUUUCUGUUCAUUUGGACUGUCUCGACGAUACAAAAAUAAAUUUGUUCAAUAGUA